AUGAAAAUCAAGUCUACAAAAUGUUCUGAUGAAGAUAUAAAUAUCGAUAAAACAGUUACCAAAUUCACAGAGAACAUUAUAGAGGCAGCAGAACAAACAAUCGGCUACAUAAAUCAUCGCUCCAAAAAUCCACAAGUCCCCUGGUGGAUCAAUGAAAUUAAAAAAUAUAUAGCCCUUAAAAAUAAAGCUCUUAAAACAUUCAUCAAAACCAGAUCAUCGGACGACCAUAUAAAUUUAAAAGAACUCAGAGCUAAAACAAGAUUCUUAGUCAAAAGCAAUAAAACUAUAACAUGGCGAAACUUCACUGCCAACAUCGGAGCCCAAGUCGACCCCCACAUAAUGUGGAACAAAAUCCGUUCCAAUAUAUCGGUAAACACCGAUUCAUCUUCAAUCGCCCACCACUUAGGUCUAAACUUCGAAAAAAACUCCAGUAAUGAAAUGUACAGCCGCGACUUCUUACGGGAGAAUGUAAACAAACCUCCUCCCCAACCCUCGUCAAUAUCACCUCAAAACACACAUCAGUCAUACUUAAACAGACCAAUAACAAUGGAAGAAAUACUGAAAACCCUUAAAAGAUGCACUAGCAAAAGCACAGGUUAG